AUGAAAGAAGUACGUGUAGGUGGUGGUGAUCAUAUAAAGAUCACCAACCACUCUUCAAUUGGUCCUCAUUUGAGUGCAAUUGAUAGAUUCUUAUGGGGUCAACAAAACCAUAUCCCUCAAAAGAAAUUUCAACAAAGUGUUGAUGAUCAAAAUAUGUGUAGCUUUGAUUAUUCUAAUGCUUUACCCUAUAGUUUUAUGUGGCCUAAUAAUAACAUGAUUAUGACUCAAGAAGCUAGCUUUGUUGAUCAUCUAUUGGCAAAUGAAGAGGUGAUGAAUUGGUCAGACCAAAUUCCUUCAUUGUGUGUGGAGAAAGAAGAUGUGGUCAAUGGUUUAGGAAAGGGUGCAAAAGUUGGAAGAAAACCUAAGAAAGUGCCUUCUUUUUCUUUGAUCAAAGGACAAUGGACCGAAGAAGAAGACAAGAAAUUGGUGAAAUUGGUGAAGCAACAUGGUGUAAGAAAAUGGUCUCAAAUAGCUGAGAAGUUGGAAGGAAGAGCUGGAAAGCAGUGUCGAGAGAGAUGGCAUAAUCAUCUUAGGCCUGAUAUUAAAAAAGAUAGUUGGAGCGAAGAAGAAGAAAGAAUACUAGUAGAAAGCCAUGGCACGAUUGGAAACCGUUGGGCUGAGAUAGCAAAGAAAAUUCCCGGAAGAACUGAGAAUGCAAUCAAGAAUCAUUGGAAUGCAACAAAAAGGAGACAAAAUUCGAGGAGAAAGAACAAAAGGCCUCAAACCACAAAUGGUAAACCACAAUCUUCUAUUCUCCAAGACUAUAUCAAAACUUUGACUCAAAAACCGUCCACUACUACUACCACUACUACUACUGCUGCGUCUAGCUCCACGUCAGGAAUAUCUGAGGACCCUUCUUCAAACCAAUCCAACCUUGUUUUUUCCGGCCUUUCUCAUGAAAAUUCGUCGUCACCACUUAUAGAUGAAUCUUAUGAUGAUGAACUUCUCUUCAUGCAACAACUUUUCAAAGCAAAUAAUAAUGCUGAGCCAGUUAACCCCUUCUACAAGAAACCCUCUUCAAAUUCUUAUUCAUUGGAUUAUUCUCCUCAAACUAAUAACAAUAAUCAGAUUCUCUCUGAUGUUAAUGAUCAUGGUUUUGUUCAUUCCAAUUACAAUUCCAAUUCCAAUUACCCUAUGAUGAAUAACCUUAAUUCUGAUCACUACUUUUCACCAAUGCUGAAUGGAAUUCAUCACAACCAAAGUAAUGUGAAUUAUUCAGAUGGAAAGAGAGAGAUGGAUUUGUUGGAGUUGGUUUCUUCUGCUCAGUUUUUUUAA